CACAAGCAAUUACAACCAGCGAAGCACACAAACCACCCCUGUGGCACCAGUGGCAAAGUCUGACAGAGAUAGGCACUGAGCCAAUGAUGACGGAAGUCUUUCUGCUCCAGAGCUGAUGUCAUUGUGAGCCAGGAGGGACAUUUGUGGCUAUUUUGUUGUUUUCCUGCCUUAAAUCUCAUUUUCGUGUCUCGUUGUCCUUCAGUAACCUUGAAGCUGUAAAAGAAUGGAUUUACACUGAUUGAAUUAAGUCUGCUUAAAGUGUUUAUGUGACACCAAAUCAGAUCAGGCUUUGAUAUCAGUCAGCAUUCAUAGAUCACUUGAUGAUUGAUUCCUGUGAUAUCCUCAGCAGCCGGGAGCGAUGCCUCGGACUGGCACCUCCAAGAGGGAGAUAAACCUGUCUCCAGUGUUGUUUUCUUAUCGGGUUUUAUCCAUGUCAUCCUAAAGUGCAUGAACACAGCACACAAAUGACAGCUAAUGAGAUCAAAUGAUAUCUUUGGGUGUUCAGUUAAAAGUCUAACGUGAUGCCUGCUGUGGUAAAUCAGGUGCUAAUGGAGAGAUAAAACACGAUCAGGCAUUCAUCUGUAACUGCAGCCUCCCUUCCUUUUGCGUUUUAUUAUGUAUUUAACUCAUCAAAGAGAUUAAUUAGGCCAUAUUCAUGUGUAGAGUUAAUCCAAUCCAGCUCUGUGUUGCUGUUGUUGCCGCUGUUCGACUUUAAGAGCUCUAUGGGCGGUCCUAGUGCGCAGACCAAUGAAUCGCCUUCUCUGUUUAAAUAGUCCUUGAUGUCAACUUCUCUUCUUCACUCAUAGCUCCCUCUAACGCCAUGUUGGCUGUUAUGACUUGACUUGUUGUUUUCAUCUGUCUUACUACGGACUUGACAGGAGUGGCUGUCUUAAACACCCCUGCGUCUUUGGAGACGCUUUAUUCCAUUUUUUUUUUUUUUUUUUUUCUUCGUUGCGCGUACGCGUUUUGGAUGAUACGCGCGGACUAUGCGUGCACUGUUCCCUUGACUUUGCAUUUGAAAGGAAUACUACUUGGAAAUAGAAGUUUGAAAGGGUUUGCUUGUUGUUUGCGUAUUUUGUUUUUGUCAUAUGUGCAACAAAAUGUCAGAUGUUCGCCUUUCUAAUGCGAGCCCGACAUUGGAGAGGGUGGAUGCGCGGCAGCCGGACGCCGUCAGACCUCCGGUCCGCAGAAACCUUUUCGGCUCACCUGACCGAGAGGAGUUACGGAGGUAUUUUGAGGCUGCGAUGCAGGAAGGUGUGCAGGAUUUUAGGGACGACUACAAUUUCGAUCCCGUCACCGACACACCGCUUACUCCACGCAAUUACGAGUGGCAGGAGGACAGCGACGCACCGGAGUUUUUUCGCAGACCGCCUCACAGGAGCCAGCGACCCCAGCGAGGUGAGGACUCGCCUGGCGAUAACAACCGGCAGGAUGCCGAGGGACGCAAGUCGGGUCGUCAGACAGACACAGUCGGAUCGAGAAAAAGACGUCUGGAAGCUUCAGGUCCCUGCUCCGGCGAGCGUCACAGUAAAAGGUCGCAUACCGACGAAGACGAUGAUGAAGACCAACCGGGCGGUGCAGCAAGUCAGGCGGUAAAAGCCGCGGAGGAGAGACCGAGCAGGGCGGAGAACAGCGCGGAGGUCCAGUGAAAAACAGUACCAGAGCGGGGGAGACCUGUUGCUGGUGGAAUACUGUAGCCUUUCUCGUCAUCUGACAGAUGGGAGAGAAAAUAUAAAAGCAGCAUUUUCCUAAAGAAAGGAGAAGGAGGAGAGGCUGCACAAGCACUGAAUAUGUACACUAUCAAGUUUUGGCACUCAUUUCAAUUAAAAUUGCCUCAGAAGCAGCAGACUAUGUAGCAGUGUGCAAAAGGAUUUUUGCUCAUUUUCUUUCUUUCCUUUUUUUUUUUUUUUUUUUUUUUAAAUCUACUACCUAUGUUUCAGAUGUAGCACAUAAACGAAAGCAUAUUAUGCUUUUCAUACCUUUGUUAAAUGUGUUUGAAUAAGUGUGUGAAUUUGACUCGGGAAGUUGCAGUGCAAUUUCCAGCAGAGAAAUAUUAUUUUGUUAAAGUGGUCAUGUUGUAUUAUUCAGGUAAUUGAUGUAAGUUAAAAAUGCAGAUUUCAAACGUCAGGGUUAUGUGGAAACAAAAUCUCUUUUUUUCCUAUGGCUUUAUUUGUCCCAGUGCUAUGUAUCUUGUUUUUGAAGGCCCAGAUGGUCACACUGUAAGUUGAGGGUCCAUCUAACUGGGAACAGCCAUGACAGAUAAAGUUUACAUGCAAAUAUUGUCUCCUUAUUUCCCAAUUUUAUUGCAUUAUUUUUAAACUUUUUUUUUUUUUUUUUUUUGCCAAGUUUGUGCCUUUUGUUGUGGGACUUAGGGGGUGGGAGGGUGGCUAAAUUGCUGAGCAAUAUCCAACCAAAUUUUAACAGUAUUUGCUAAUAAUCCUAAGAAUUAGCCUUUAUUUUUAAAUUAGGUGAGUUAAUAUUUGAAUGGCUUUUAGGUCACAUAUCCUGCCCCUUGUAAUAAGAGGUGUAGUCCAGGUUAACAUAGAAAAAAUAUGUUAAAAUCACUGGGUUACUUAUGCAAAUAUGUGAAUCAAAGAUUUGUGGUGUGGAAUUCAUGUGGAACAUGUAAUUGCACUAUUUUUAAUUUCUCUCUUUCUAUUUUUUUUUUUGUUUGUUUGUUUGUGAGGGCAGAAAAACAAAGUGACUCCCUCAGUGUAACCCUUUGAAGAGUACCUGUGUGCUUUUUUUUUUUUUUUUUAAACACUGAAAAAAAAACUAUACUAACUUAUUUAUGUUGAGGUUUUUGUUGUGGGUGUAUGUAUAGCUUCCCAAAGCAACAUUUUUGUAAAUAUAUAUUUUCAUUAUUGUUUUUAAGAUAAAUAAACUGUUGCAAAACUGAGCCUAAUAAUCGA